AUAUUUCAUUCGUUUUAUUGAAAUAGGAAAUCAUAAUUCACUUUCGCGUUAGAUAUGAAACUACUAUUUUUACAUGUUAAACUUCCGGACUUAUCGUCUUACGUUCCGAACGAAUCCCAUUUGGCACGUUCCGUUUCAUUUAUGUGAUUAUUGCUUACAAUGUUCUUACAAUGCAAUCUGCAUUUUAUUGAUAGAGUUUAUCAAUUUUUCUCUAUAUAGCCAUCAUUACAAAGAAAUAUUAUUCGUAAUAGGCAAACUAAAUAUAAAACAUUUGAAAUAUUACAUUAACCAUUAGUAUUGUGCGAAAGAGAUAUAAGUCAAAAAUGGGAAAUUAAAAUAUGACGGCAAAUAGAGAUAUUGAUAAUUUGAGUUGUAAAAUAAAAAGUAACAUAGUUACUACGCUGAAUAACAAGCCGUAACUGAUGACUAAGAAUCAAGGUUUUAGAUGCAAUGAUGAAUAACGGCACGAGGCGUGCCUUAACAGGCUCAAUACACAAGAUAAGAGAAUUUGAAUUGGAAAAAGUAUGUUUAGUCGAAGAAUUCGAUAUACUACAAAUUGUCGGCGAAGGCUGGUUCGGGAAAAUACUUCUAGUUGAACAUAGAGCUUCUGAUACUGAAAUAGUUCUGAAAGCUUUACCAAAGCCUUACGUGUCUAUCAGAGAUUUCUACAGAGAAUUCCAUUAUGGUCUCCAUUUGAGCGCACACAAAAACAUUGUCACCACAUUCGACGUAGCCUUCGAGACCGCCGGCUUUUACGUUUUCUGUCAGGAAUACGCACCUCUAGGGGACUUAACAUCCAAUAUGCUUGAUACUGGAAUAGGCGAAAUUCACACAAAAAGAGUAGCGAAACAAUUAGCAGCUGCACUUGAACAUUUACACCAAAGGGAUCUUGUACACAGAGAUGUGAAACUAGACAACAUUCUUAUAUUCAAAUCGGAUUUUUCACGUAUAAAGCUAUGCGACUUUGGUGAAACGAGAAAAGUUCAAGCUGUUGUAAGAAGAAGAAAUGAAUGGCUGCCAUAUUCCCCGCCCGAAGUAUUAAGACUAUCAAUGGAUAGCAGCUACAAAGCACUAGUUAGUCAUGAUAUUUGGCAGUUCGGUAUAGUUAUCUUUAUUUGUCUCACAGGAUGCUUGCCUUGGCAGAAAGCAGCAUUCGAUGAUCCUAGAUAUGUAAGUUAUUUGAAUUGGUACAGCAGUGCAAAUCCUCUUAAGAAGCAGCCGAAGCUAUGGAAAAUGGUUUCAUCAAGGGCGCAAAAAAUGUUUAAAAAGUUUAUUGAACCAAAGGAAGAGAAAAGAGCUACAAAUUUCGUGGAACUAUCAAGGUACUUGGAUGACCGAUGGAUGGCUAAAGGAUACACGGACAGAGUGGCUGGCGGUGACAUCGAUGAGCUAUGUCCCUCCAUGUACAGUUACCACAGUGAUCCAAACGAAAAGAAUAUACUCUUGAGGCACUUCAGGGACAAUGGCGUCGAAGUUAUUGUUGACAGACAAGCGAAGAAACAGAGAAUUCGUGAAUGGAUCCAAAACAGCGUAAUCGAGGAAGCAGACGAAGAGGAAGAAAGCAAUUAUGAACCUAGUGUUAUGGAUGAAAGCGACGGAGAGCUUGAAGACAGAUCACGACCACAUCCAAUCGACGAAAGCCAUAGAGUAACUCUCCGCUUUGACACCGAGAAGCAUAUCAAUCCAAGAACUGGGGAAGUCAUUGAAGGUGUCAAACACACUGAGAAAAAUCCUCUAUCGUAUGAUGUACAAAACAUAGAACCUGUAGCGCCAAGUAAUGUCGCCAGGCGAUAUGGGAUAAAAGAAGACGCCUCACUACAUAGCUCUACCAAGGAUAGUGCAUACGGGUCUCUAGACGUUCCUUCGCAACAGAAAAGUACUUCAAACAGACCAGAUACCAAACAAGUAUCUAUAGAAAGAGCAAGCGACGUCUCCCCGAGUAGAUCAUUGGCCGGAUCAUCGAUUCAUCAAACCGUAACUCCCUUAUCUUCACAUGUUCAAAGAUUUCAAAGAACUGAAGAGGUAUUUACUAAAGAGCUAGAAAAUCAAAGAGGAAGUACUUCGACUCUUCAUUCUAUGGGCAAUUCGUCCAGAUCUAACAGUUUACGUGUUACCAGAAAUAGCUCUUUAGACAGUGCGUCAAAUGUUACUAAUGAUAAUAAUAAUUCGCCUUUAGAAAAUGAUGUUUCUGGUGCAUCAUCAAGACCGAAUAAUCCGGUUAUAACGCAAAACGGUUUUAGUCCGGGUACUAAACAGACUUCAGCUAUCACACAGCCAUACGUUUCAAUGAAGAAUACGGUAUACGAAACUGUCGCUACUCGUACGGACCUUAAUCAAAGCAAAGAUGAGAACAAUAUGAAAAAUUCUCCAGACAGUCCAUACACGUCAAUGAUGAAUAUCGUUCAAGGUCAAAUUAAAAUUAGUCCGCUCGCAAACGAAACUGACAAAAAUAUAGUAAAUGUGUCUGUAACAUCUGUUAACCGUAAGAAAGUGCAGUAAAUUAUUGUCUUUGCUCAAUUUGGGUACAACUUCAACAAUUCACUCUCCUAACCCUGAAGGGUAGGCAGAGAUUAGAGUUUUCAUUUGGCCUUUUCCUGACACACCUUGAGUUGUGAUUCCAAAAUACGCAGCUAAGUUGACAUCAUUUUUACACAGAUAUUUGCCGUGAAUAUAACUUUGAUGAUUAUUAAUUUUUGUAUUGAUGUCAAUAAUAGGGGUGUACACAUGAAAAAACAAUUUAAUGAUUAAUAUGUAUAAUCACUGACUCAUAUUUUUUUUUUAAAUGGUGAUGGUACAAAAACUGAUCAGUUUGUCUUCCAUUUAAUAAAAAGGAAAAAAUUUCUAAAUUCAAUACAUACAUUUUAAUUUUCA